AUGGCCUUAUCUAAAGCUGAUGAAUUGACUUUAGAUGACUGCCAGUGUCUCCUUUGUAUGGAAUUCCUUAUCGAGCCCAUAACUCUGCCUUGUAACCACACAGUGUGUAAGUCAUGCUUUAAGGCACUUCUCCGAAAAACAUUUUUGUCGUGCCCCUUCUGCCGCGCCUGGAUCUCUUCAUGGGCUCGGUACCAUACUCAUAUAAGUAGUCUUAUCAAUAAGGAACUGUGGGAAAGAAUUCAAGCUCAGUAUCCAGAGGAAUGCAGUCGUAGGAACCCUGAGGAGGACAAGCCAUGUUUGGUCUUCAGUGAGGAUCCGCCGCCAGUUCGAGUACUAAGUAAUCCCGGUGAAAUGAGGAAAGAAUAUGAAGAGGAGAUGAUGAGGCUAGAGGCUGAGCGCCAGGCCACCGAGGAAAAACAAAACAGAGCUACUAAGAAAUACAUAAGGCAGUUAUUGGCAAAGGACAUGGAGGAAGAAAAACUACGGGCAGAAAAGCGCAGACUGGAAGAACAAAAGCAAAGGGAGGAGGAAGAGGCUAAAAAACUCAUCUUGGGUGAUAUAGCAACAUCCCCAAGAAAGAAAAAAAGGAAACAAAAACAUUGUGACAACGUCUCAAAGUUUUCCGUUCCUUGCGCUCAGCUUGAGUCAGCAUCACGAUAUGAUGCUGUGCAAGACAGCAAGAAAACAUCUGUAAAAAUUGACAGUGAUGGGAAGAGCACUACAGGACAGGGAAGGAAAACUAAAACAGCUACUGUGUCAAGAGCUCCUGAGAUUCCAAACCAAGGUACUGUAAGUUCCCGUUAUGCAUUGUUUCACGGCUAUGAUGUGAAAGUGGGCACUUCAGGCAAUGAGGCACCAAAACCAAGCUGCUCCAAUCACAACUUUUAUGUCCCACCUAAGAACAUUAAAGCAGAAGCUAUGGCUCACUCUCCUGGUGAAACAGAGAGUGGAAGCGGUGUAUCAGGCAUGACAGUGGAAAUUGGAAACGGCACAACUGAGGCACAAGCUAAAAUGUCUCACUCUUCGAGCAGUAAACAUACUUCGAAAAGAAAGCAUGAGAAAUCUUCAUCUGAAGCAGCCGGUGAGCCUGUCACUUCUUGUGAGCUUGACACUUGUGACAUGCCCUCUAAAUCUUCCUCAGAUGAAGAUGAAGUACAGGUCUUAAUUACCAAAAAGCUGAUAGAUUUGGAGAAUCAGUAUUUUGAGAAGCAUCAGCAAGAAGAACAAGAUAGACUAUUUGCAUUGGAGCUUCAAAAAGCAUUUGAUGAAGAAGGGAAGGAAAUGUGGGGUGAAAAGUUCCCAAAGAACAAGCCAUACCACUACGAUGCCUCCCCUCCAGGUACUUCAGCAAAAGGAAAAGGUUCCAAACAUAAGGACAUCUGA